CAGGACAUAAUGGUUCAGAAGCUGUUUUUCUGUAUCCUCUUACUUGGGUAUCCCGGUUACCCAAACACGAAUCUUGUCCAUAUUUUGGCUGGCCAUUUCCCUUUUGGCGCUCGUGUAUUUGGGAUUCUGUGGAAGCUUACCAUUAUUACUGCCACCCUUGCAAUUUGUGCAUGUCUGGUUUACCUCUGGAGAGUUGUCCUUGCUAUAGAGCCUCAAGUAUAUCAAGUUAAUUUACAGCAAAUAACUGAAAAGAUCAACACAGUGAAGAAAGAAAACAGAGAGCUGGCUGAAGCAAUAUCCAUUUGGGAACAGAAGAUCAAUGAAUCAAAGAUACGUCUUCAAGAAGCUGAGAGAAGAAGUAACAUUCACUCCGCUGAAGCUCUUAAAUUGAAAUCACAAGAUGCAAACAGUCAAUUUGAGGAUCCAGAACUGAGAGCCGUGAUGUCCAAUAACUGUGAACUGGAAGAAAGUAAAAAGGCCCUGGAGGACAAGUGUAAUGCAUUGAGGUCUGCGAAAGCAGCCAAGGAAGCCAAAGUCAGACAGUUGAAGGAGAAAGCAGGCAUCCUUGAAGAAUUCUAUGAAGAAAGAAAAGUGGCUAUAGAAAAAAAGCUGGAUACGAUGAACUGUGAACUAGCUGCAGUGAAGAAUCAGAUGGCAACUGCAGAAGAAAAUCUGAAAAUAGCUACAGAGGAAAUACACAAGUACAAGCAACAAAUUGAACAAAGACGAGAACAGCUGCAACGGGCAGAGCUCACCUUCAGACACCAGAUCGCAGUUUAUGAGAAGAAUGCUCAGCACAACUGGAUCAAGACUCAGAUCUGGGAGAGGGCAAUGGCAGAGGAGAGGAGGGAGGCGGCCCACUUGAAACACAGACUGGACAUGAUGGAAGGAAAGAGGCUGCUUGAGGGAUACAUGAGGCAGAAACCAAUGCCUGGAAGACCACAGACCCAGAACCCUCCAAGGAGAGAGCCUUUAGCCGAUCCAGAAGCUGGUGUCGCUCCUGUAAGUCACAACAACCAACACUCUACCAAAAAUGCAGAAAAGGACAAGGGCAGCGUGGAUCCAUGGGGACCUCCUCUGUUAACUGGAAGAUUCUGCACACCCUACCCUAGAGGUCCCCCCAUGGGCUAUAGGGCAUGUCCACCUCCUGAACCUUGGUGGCCCUGGGGACCACCCCGGACCUCUCUACCUACACCGCGUGGUAAGAUGAUCUGAGCAGUAUGAGUUGACUUGCAAAGCACCUUCAUCUAAUUUUUGUUGUUGUUGAGUCUUGGACAAGGUGCA